AUGGAAGAUCCGAAAGCGAAGCUUGACUCCCUGUUUAGCAAGAAGAAAAAGAAGAAAUCGACGACUGUCAACGCCAACGUCAUUGUUAAGAACAGUGCACAGAAUGCUGAGCGUACCGCUGCCGAACGUGUCGCUGCGGCUGCUCCAAAGGCCGUGGUGCCCGCAGCAACACCAUCGGGCAAAGUACUUUCAGACCUGUCGCUGAACAAAGACGACGAGCAGGAAAAAACAUCGUAUCAAUGGGCUAAACAGCCUAAAAAAUACAAGAAUUUGAGCGGCAAAGAGUCAGUAGCGACUACAUGGGCAGAACAGGAGGAGCGCCACCGCAUGAACCGUCGCAUUCAGCUGGAAAGUGAGCGUUCUUUUCCGUCGUUGGGGGUAGAUGCUUCUAAGGCGAUGCUCCAAGGCAUGACUGCACCUGCUACAAAGGCUGUCGAGACAAAGAACGUCUGGGAGUCGCUUAACGACGAUGAAGACGAGGACUAA